CUUUCAGGAGCUUUAAGGAUUAGAACUAAUCACAAGCAAAACGCUGAACAGUCCCAAAGGUGCACGGUAAUAAAAUAACAUUUAAAAAACAAUGUUCUUAGAAAACUAAAUCACCUGAAGGUGUAAAAAAGUUUUUUCCACCGACUCCUCACAGCACAGCAGUGUCCUAACUGGAUUACAGGCGUGUCCACUCAGAUGUAUUGAUGUUGCAUCAGUUGCAGCGAGAGAAUCAUCCCUGUGUAUAUAUGUGUGUUACAAAGCUGGCAUGUCCCAACACAGUUAAAACCGAGGAGGAAACUGUAGAUUAUCAAAUUCCUCAUGUGUAGACCAGCUGUCCCAGUGUGUGUUUGUGUGUGUGUGUGUGUGUGUGUUCAGGUUUGGACAGAAGCUGUGGUUUGGCCUCUCACGUCUCAGAGAAGUGCGUAUGUGGCAGCGCGGCGCCCCUUCAUUAGUUCCUCAUGUUUUCUUUCUCACGUCUCUUUUGUCUUUCGAUGUUUUUCUGGCUCUCGAGUCUCUGACGCUUCUUCAAACCACGUCCAGGUUUCACUUUCUAUCUUCCAAUGACACUCGUGUUUAAAACAAUGUUUUGCAAAUUACAUAAUAAUACAUAAAACAUCACUUAAGACAACUUCUACCAUUUCUCCACGUCUCCAACUCUACAUCAAGCCCUUCCACCCCACCCUCUCUCUUUUCCUGUGCUUAAUUACGGUGCCUGCGAUUGGUGAAGAAUCACAGAAAGUUGCAGCCAAUCAGGUGCCGUGUUGAGGUGGCCCUUGACCCCCUCAGGUGGUGCGUGUGUGUGUGUGCGUUUUCCUGCUCGAGUGUUAACGAAUGUGUGUGUGUGUGUACGUCAGGGGAUGACGGGCUCGGUUUAAAACCAUUCGGGAUCCCGUUGUCAGGGCAGUCUGACAGAAGGGCCACAGGGACGGGGUGCACCAGGAACCUCGACAACACAACACACACACACACACACAAACACACUUAGUGUUUGAGCCCAGGUGGACCUGUUGUCUCUCUGGAGUCCACAUCUGGAUCUGCAGACAUCCAGGCUGAGAAGAUAACCACAGGUAAGAACCCUACACUAACCUCUGCUCCCUCUGUGUUUAUUUACCCGAUCAAGUUCAGGUUGAAGUUUGGCUGCUGGACGACACCUGGUUCAGGUUUUACAAUGACACAGCAGCCAGGGGCCGUGUGGCAGCAUGUUUGUUUAAAGCCUCCUGAGUUACAGAGUUCAGCUCAGAGCUGCAGGGGUCACUUCAUCGGCUCUGCAGGGGAAAACCAGCUCAGGUCUGAGGUCUCAGCAGAGGACGUUUAACACCUUCCAACAGGGAUUCAUAGGUUUUGUAGCUUACUCUGCUUUCAUGCAGGAAGUUGUAGUACAAUAAUCCAUGGUUUCCCUUUGCAAUCAAGAUUUUUGGCUCAAAAGCAACUGAGUGGAAUGUUUUUUGGAAGUGAACUCAUCCUUUUGUGACGCUGGUGUGUGCAGGCGAGGAGCAGGUGUGAGAAGUCAUGGCUGGACGGAGGAGAAGCUGUUUCUUGGGCGUGUUCGUCACGGCUGCGCUGGCUGUGGUGCUGCUGCCCGCGUUCCUGUCUGCUGGACCAAUCGGGCUAAAGGCCAAAGGAGAUGAGGGCGAAAGUAUCGAGGAGAGGGCGACGGCUGCAGCGUCCCAGCGGAGUCUGGGCCGCAGCCGCAGGAACAUCAGCUGGUACAAGCAGCACUCCGACUUCUGGAACUGGUACAAGUUCUUCACAGACAACGGCAACCAGGAGGCAGUUCACGAGAUGGACCGCAUCUACCUGGCCUACCUCCAGAACAAGAACCGCGCCGAGGGCCGUCGCUCCUACAAGGCCUACCUGCGCCACCUGGGGGACAUCUACAAGUCCUGCGCAGAUUCGGACGACCCCGACUGCGUGUCCUCCUACACCGCCAGGCCCAAGCCAAAACCAGAGGCCCCCAAGCCUGCACCGGUAAAAACCUGUGACCCCACCAAGGACACCUACUGCCUGUAUGCUGCUCUGCUCCAGGGCAAGAGUCCCUACCAGCCCCUGGUGCUCCCAGCAGAAGCCCCGGCCCCAGCACCUGCCAAGGCCCCGGCGCCUAUGUACGUCCGCUCUGCUCCGGCAAAGGACCCUCAGUCUGGGUAUCAGUACUACGCUCCAUCCUCAACACCUUUCCUCUCCAAGGAGCAGAAGGCCGAGCUGCUGCGGAUCUGUGCGUCUGAAGACGUGGAGUGUCUUCAGUACCACCUGAGAGCUGCCUACGGGUACGCACCCUCCGCCGGGCCCGUGCCGUCCUACGCCCACCUCGGCUGUGAUCCCAAGAAAGACCCCACCUGCAAACCCAAGCUGGUGCAGAAGGCCCCAUCUGGCGUCUACCUGCAGUACCCCAACUGUGACCCCGUCAGGGAUCCCGCCUGUGCCUACGCAGCCUCCCUUGUGGCCGCCCGUGCUCCUAAACAGCCUAUCCCUGCUGCCCCUGGGUCCUGCAACCCUCUUUACGAAGAGGGCUGCAACCCCCUUAGCGCCACCAGAUUCGCCACUCCCCCCCAUUCGUACAAAAACGAGGAGGCAGAUGAGGCCGCCGCCAUCCGUGCCGCCCCUCAAGCUGCUGAGCCGAGCAACGACCCCUAUGCCAUGUUCAGGGAUGCUUACGCUCAGGCUAACAGAGGUGCUGAUCCCUAUGCGAUGUACCGCCAGGCUGCAGCGCCUCCUCCAGCUUCUCCUCCAGCUUCUCCUCAGGCCAAUGACCCAUAUGCUCUUCUGCGCCGCUACAUGUCCCAAGCUCAACAACAUGAGCCCCAGUCUCCACGCAUGGAGGCGGCUCCAGAGUCCAACCCCAACGAUCCCUUCGCUGCGAUCCGUGAGGCGGCGGCUGCCAUGCAUCGCCGCGCUCCUUCCAACCCCAGGCAGCAGAUCCCGUUCUCCAACCCCAGUUAUGAGGAGCCUGCCCGUGAAGAGCACCACCCUCUGGGCCCCCCAGGUAAGACCAAGGAGGGCUACGAAUGCUUCAUCGGCUACGACCGUGACUGCUUCCCUGUGAAGCCCGCCGACCCUCGCUCUGGAGUCCACCGCCACAUGCCCUACCCUGCCGAGCCCUACGAGCCUCAUCUGAACGCCGACGGCACACGAAGCGGCGUCAUGGAGCCGUCCAACCCCGACUGUGACCCCGAGUACGACAGGGACUGCCGCCUGCGCCGCUACGAGCCCGAGCAGCCCCAUGUCGAGGCCCAGCCCGAGCAGCACGCCGAGGAGGACCACAGCCAGGGGGCAGCAGAGAGGGAGUAUCAGCCAGAGGAGCAGGAGCAGUACGAGGCGGAGCCCUACCAGAGCGGCCAGGAGGAGCCUCACAUGUCCUACCCUCAGAUGUCCUACCCCCAGAUGUCCCACCCUCAGAUGUCACAGGGCAUCCCGAGCCUGCAGGACAUCCUGAGGCUCUACGCAGACCAGAGCCCCGAGCAGGAGGAGCGCAGAGCGUACGCAGGCGACUACCGCAAGAAAUAAACAUCUGAACACACUCAUGCAUGCUGAUGGACAUGAAUACACGUUCCCGUGCAUUCUUGUAGCUUAGCCCAUGACCGCCUCACACAGUGCACAGCCAGUCCAGACUGGACCAGAUAAGGGACACAUGAGAAGUCUAUGGACCCAGUGAGCAAGCACAUGCACGUGCAUCCACACAAAGCUUCCAGCUGUUCGGAGCGCGCUCAGAAAGCUGAGGGAGUUCCAGCAAAGUUUUCAUCUCUGUAGCUGCUUCACAUCUGUUGCUUUGCCUUUUUUUCCAGCUUCCACCUCAAACCUCCUCAGUUCACCUGAAUGUGUGAUAAUACUCAGCUUUGCUUCUCUUUCUAUGCAUCUCACUUUUUUAAUAAUUGUGUUUGUCACUUUUUUUUGUCAGUGAUGGAUUAUGUAAAGUUUUUUUUUCAGUAUGAAUGUUCGAAUAAAAAAUGAAAAGCUCUACAAAGCAGUU